UGUUUUCUUAGCUAGGUAGCCUUUUAAAAUGCCCGAACUCAAAACGCUUCUUUUUCCAAGAUGGCGUCGAUGAAGGAUAGCGACACCGGCCUGUGGCUCCAUAAUAAACUAGGAUCAACAGACGAACUUUGGGCGCCUUCUAGUAUUGCUUCACUCCUCACCGUUUCAGUUAUCGACAAUAUAAGGUUGUGUUUUUCGAGUUUGUCGCCUCCGGUAAAGCUAAAACUCUUGCUCGGGAUGCUGCAUCUUCCCAGGCGGACUGUUGAUGAGGUGGGUACGCGAGUUGCUAUAUGACUGACUGAGUACUAGCUAGCCACUGCUACUAGCUAGUUUAAAUGGGAUUCUGCAGAAAGCAGCCUUGACCAAGUUGUUGGCUGAUGCUUCCUGAGCGGGAAGUAUAGUACACCAUGUUUAUAAGCUAACCGUUUCCAUUGUACACUUAUCUAGCUGCAUAUGGCUCAGCCUCUUCGCUCCGGGAGACCUGUACCGAAGCGCCAACAGUGUUUAAGUGUCUACAGCCAGGAGGUAGUUAGUUAACUAGUCAGAAUGAGUCUAACCGAUAACUAGCUAGCUAACUAUCGGUUAGGCUCAUUCUGUCCAGUCUCAUAAUUUGUUUACCUAACGCACAUGCCUUGCUUUCACAAACACCAAGUUAGCUAUCUAGCCUGACAUGUAGCAUUGAACCUGUUUGUAGUGUAGUCGUGAUUUUUUUUCGUCAUCUGAUAUGUCUGAGAAUCAUUCAAAUGCUCAAAACUUCUCGGAGCUUUGUCAGUCCAAGUGGUUUCGCAUGCCUGCCAGCCAGCUUGAGCCAUUUUGGAGGGCGUAACCAGCGAGUUAAGUCACAACUCAAAACUGGGAGACAGCCUUUAAAAUAGUUUUAGCUCCUUUUAAAUAGUCUAGUAGCUAAACGUCCUAUUAAACUUUGAUACAGUCUAGCUCCUUACUUAGCUACAACUGGUGUUGUAAACCAGGUGCACUACAAUUUAUUGCUUUGUUUACCAAUUAUAUUUCCGUGAUUAAGUGAUUGAAUUAGCUACUUUUAUACAUUUAGACUUGUCAUUUCAAUUUCAUGACCAUAACAAAAUCUACAUCCUGUCAUGUAUUAUCACUGUCAUUAGUCCACAGCUCUUUAUUCUCCUAAAUUACACAAUUCACAGUCUCUGCUGCCUACUGUUCGACCAUGUAUUGGGGCCUACAUCUUUACUAUGUCCAACUGUUCAGAAGCCUGAUAGCUGCCAGAAUGAAACUUGCCCUGCUCCUAUUCUUGCUGAACUGUGGGACUCCUUCUGGGGGCAGAAGCUCAAAACAUUGGGCAAGAUUGUGUGGGGGUCCUCUAUGAUGUGCUUGGCCUUGUCACUUGCCCGUCUAUCAUAGAGGCCCUGAAGUCCCCUGCACUGCAGCUUGCAGAACUUGGACCCCAGGUUUACGGUCCUCCUGAGGAUGCCCCUGUUAGCUACUGACAGCCCACCAUACCAGGCCAGGAAACAGAAAGUCAGCACACACACUAUAUGGCAGGUGUAGUAGUUUGAUGUAUUCAAUUUCUGUGCCCUGCUCUAACCGCCACAUACACCAUGCCCCAUGGAUAUUCUAUAAUCAAUUUAUUUCUAUACCCUGUUCUAUACCAUUUCUAUAAAUGGUAUUGAACAGACAGCCAUGCAUACUGUGAGCCAUGCAUGCAUGCAAAGCCUAAAGACACAUUACCAUUCCACAAGAUUGGACGAUAACGUUUAAAAAAAAUCUUGCUCUACUAACCUCCACAAUCACCUCCUUUGACCGUGCAGAUGAAGGAGGCCCUAUCAGAGAUCAUCCAGCUGGCCACGGUGGACUCUGAGCCCUGGGUACUGAUGGUGGCAGACAUCCUUAAGUCCUUCCCAGAGACAGGCUCCCUCAACCUGGACCUGGAGGAGCAGAACCCUAACGUACAGGACAUCCUGGGCGAGCUCCGGGAGAAAGGUGGGUACACUACCAUAGGCUAGGGGUCAUAAGUCAAGGGUAAAAUGAGAGCAGCAGGGAUCAUGGUUCUAGCUUUACAACUGGAAUGACUAUGAUUAUGUAAACAGUGCUCAGGGAAUUUUUAGUAUGGAAUAGGAUGCAUGUUCCAGCAUGUUGGUGCUGCUCUAACAUCACCUGUUGGUUGGCCAUGUAUCAGAGUCCUUGUCCUUGUGUACUUUUUCUUCAUCACUUGUGAACAUGCUUGUGCAGGUACUUGUUGGCUCCACCUGACUGUCUCCAUCACACUUCUGCUUUUGCUUGCUCUUUGGGGUCUAGGUUUGAGUUACUGUAAAAACACUGUGUCAACCGCUUAUGUAAAAGGCUUUAUAAAUACAUUUGAUUGAUUGAUCUCCCCCUGCAGUGAGUGAGUGUGAAGCGUCGGCCAUGCUCCCUCUGGAGUGCCAGUACCUGAACAAGAGCGCCCUGACCACCCUGGUGGGCCCACUCACACCCCCCCGUCAAACACUUCCAGCUCAAGAGGAAGCCCAAGAGCGCCACCCUCAGGGCAGAGCUGCUGCAGAAAUGUAAGAAAAGACACUUCACUCGAUCCGCCCACCUGGGUACAUGUCAAUAGUCUAAAGUGGUCUCAUCUUCUUCAUCUAUCAAGCGUCUCAGAUUAGGAGUGCUGAUCAAGGAUCAGGUUCCAUGUAAUGUUAUUCGUUAUGAUCUAAAAGGCAGAACUGAUCCUAGAUCACAACUCCUACUCUGAGAUGCUUAAUGAAUAUGUCCCUGAUCUGAAAAGCAAAGGAUAAGUUAAAGCGCUAUGGCGGAUGCUUAUUUGGGAGUUGCUUUCACUUGUCCAGUUGUUUUUCACACAUCAGUGCAGAUGAAGGAAAGCAGAUGAGAAAAUGAAGCCACUUUAGACCGUUCAGAUGCUCCCAGUGCUUUUUCUGGAUCAAAAAGGUGCUUAGGUGGUGAGCGUGGCGGAGGGGUGUGGCACGGUCAGCCCGUCAGGCGUGGCUGAAUUCGGUCAAGACCCUGGGCAAGAAUGUUUUUGAGGCCCCCAUCUUGGCGGCGGAGAGUAUUUCAGUGUUUUAAAACCAAUUUCUUGCAGGAAUUUCUUUCACAUUUUGCCAUGGAGUGGAGAGAAUUUGAGCAGUUAAGCAAAUUGAAGUCAAAUCUUAUGUCACAUGCGCCGAAUACAACAGGUGUAGACCUUACCGUGAAAUGCUUACUUACAAGCCCUUAACCAACAAUGCAGUUCAAUAAAUAGAGUUAAGAAAAUAUUUAGUAAAAAAUUAAAUAAAAAGUAACACAAUAAAAUAACAAUAACGAGGCUAUAUACAGGGGGUACCGGUACAAGAGUCAAUGUGCGGGGGUACAGGUUAGUCGCGGUAAUUUGUACAUGUAGGUAGGGGUAAAGUGACUAUGCAUAGAUAAUAAACAGCGAGUAGCAGCAUUUGAUAAAUUUUUCAGCAAUCUUAUGGCUUGGGGGUAGAAGCUGUUAAGGAGCCUUUUGGACCUAGACUUGGCGCUCUGGUACCGCUUGCUGUGCAGCAGCAGAGAGAACAGUCUAUGACUUGGGUGGCUGGAGUCUUUGACAAUUUUUUGGGCCUUCAUCUGACACCGCCUAGUAUAUAGGUCCUGAAAAUCAAAUACAAGUUUAUUGAUCGUGUUCCUAAUGUUUUGUACACUCAUUGUACACUGGUGUGUAUGGACAGUAUAUGGAUAGAAAAGUAAUUUCCAGAGACUGCUCCCUCAACCUGGAAGCUGAGAGAAAAUAUUGCAGUUUUCAAGUAAAUUUCCUGCAAUUCUAUGCAUGUUGCCAUGGCUAAUGCUGAUGUAUUGAACAUUCAUUAAUUUGCCCAAGAUUAUCAUAAGACGUGAACAAAAUGCAUCAGUGAUUCAUAUUUUCCUGUAACUUUCUGAAGAGGCAAAAGCACAGGAAUUCCCCUGUCUGUGUGUGCGCGCGUUUGUCGAACACUUUGUGGAGCCGUUAGCGAUUAUGCUAAUGUAAUGAUGGCUGUCUUCUGGUAGAUGGAAAGGCUUUCUCAAAAACCUCAAUUAAAUGUUAGCGGCAAUAUGUAACAUUUUGGGCGACCUGACUAAAUUAAAAUAUAAAUGUGAGUUGUAGAUCUAUCAUUCUACUUGAAAGCAAGUCUAAGAAGCGGUAUAUCUGUUUUAUGUGCGCUAUUUCUAUGUCUCAUAUUCUGUUUUUGUUUUUGUGUCUUUUACUUUCAGUUUUGUACACCAGCUUCAAACAGCUGAAACAACAAUAUUUUUGAUUAUGGAAAAUAUAUUUCACAGCGGUUUAGAUGUUACAAUGAUUCUCUACACUAUACUAGCUUAUUUUGUCACCUAAACUGAAAUUAGGCGAACUAUUAGGUUUUAGAAACCCGGAAAUGGCGGAGCGAUUUCUGCAUAGUGCAACUUUAAUUACAAAGUAGCCUAUGUCUACCUGGCAGAAUGAUAUCAUGAUUAGUGGCCUUUUGUUUAGCAAACUCUGCAAUCACAUGAGCGCUACAGCAACAUCGCUAACCAAACAAUGGUCUCAUGCUGCACUGACAUUAAAGGGUAACUACACCCAAAAAUCUAGAUUUCUUAGAUUUUUCCCAGACCUCAAAAGUGGUCUCCUGAUGUGGAUUAAGCAUUGUUGUGGACUUAGAACAUCCAAUGUUUUUGUUUUUCUAUUUAAAAAAGUGUGAUUUAGAGAGAACCUGAAACUGGAAGAAAAAAACUGAAACCUGGAAAAACAGGUUGGGGGGGGGGGAAUCAGGCAAAUAAUAAAACCGAUUUUAUAGGGCCCUACCUUUGUGCUCGUUUACUGAAUGUGAAUGGUCUUUUUCACAUUAGUGAAUGGUCAUGACUCAUGUUCAUUACAGCAUGCACUGGAAAACGAAUAUGAACGUUUCUUAUUGGACAAGUUCAUGUAGUCCCUCCCUGUUUGUCUUCUUCUGUUUGGUGCAAAUGAACAGCACCCUCCGGUAUUCACUAGGAACCUAAUGGAAGCAAACAGGACGAAACUGGGAGGAACUUUACCUAAAUUUGUCCAAUAGAAAGUCUUAUUUUCAUGUAAAACAUUUUCCAUUGCAAAAUAUUUUUCUACGAUGUGCACUAAUUAAUACAACCUUGACUCAUUGUUCUGUUAUGUUUUCAGCCACAGAGACAGCUCAACAGCUGAAGAAGGCAGCGGGAGUGCCUUUCCACGCCAAAGGAAGAGGCCUGGUCAAGAAGAUUGACACCACCAGUGAGUUUGACACACACACACACACACACACACACACACACAGCUAUUACAAUACUUGUUGUUGCUAAGACUAUGCAUAUUAACUCUUACACACACAUUUAUACCCACUGGUGUCUGAUUGGCUGCUGCGAUAUCAUGUUUUAUACUCUCCCUUCCAGCACCCCUCAAGGGGAUCCCCAAAGCCCCGUUCCGCAGCCCCACCACCCCCAGUAUAUUCAGCCCCCCUAGCAACCGCACACCCAUCGCCCCCGCACGGACGCCCCUGCGCAAGGAGAGGGGAGUCAAGGUAACGAAGGGGCCUUUAACAAGUGACCUUGUUUUCUUUAAAGGGAUAGUUCACCCAAAUAACACAAUUAUAUUGGUUGCCUCAUCCUGCAAGCAGGCUAUGGACAAGGUAAGACAGCAAUCCAUGCUUUGGUUUUGUUUUUGGACAGUGGCCAUGUAAACAAAACCAAAGCGUGGAUUGCUGUCUUACCUCGGCCAUAGACUGCUUAUACAGUAAGGAAACCAAUAUAAAAAAAAAAAAUGAAUUUCACAAUAGACAGGAAGCAGGGUUUCCGUUAGGAAAAUGUGGUGCUGGACAUUUGACCGUUGGCAUUUUAAUUUACCGGACAUUUGAGAAAUGUACUGGACCCAAAUGCAUUGGGUGCGUAAACUGAUUAGGGCGUCCACCCACGGUGCUCAGAAUAACCGGAAUCACAUUGCGAUUAUGGUAAUUCAUCUUAACAGAAUAUGCAACUUGAGGAUGCAAUGACGUGCAUCCUUCUUCUCAAAUUCCGAUGCGCACUUUGAAGAUGUUAGAAUAACAGUCCACAUUGACUUUUCCUCAGCCAACAAGAUGAGUAACGAACAGCAAAAUCACUAGCUUAUGUCAAUCUACUAUCCCCCAUAGUAGAAAAUUUUACCUUUUCUAUUGGUCAGCUUGUCGUUCUGUGCGAGAAAGAAAUAGCCUAUUCCAAACAGACUCUGGGACAGUUGUGGGACGAUAGAUCCCAAAUUCAUACAACCAGUACAAAAAAACACUUUAAAAAGCAAUGAGGCUGAUGCAACCGAUCAGAACGUUUAGCUUAAAAUGUUGAUAAACUAUUAUUUCCUCACAUUAUAAGCGCAGCAAUGUGCGCACGGCAGUAGGCUACGCGCGAAUAUUCAUUUCAUAAUGCAAUUAGUGGGAAAACACAGUUGUCAAAAGCGCACUGCACAUGCAAGCGGUUUCAUGUGACCGAGAUGAAAAUAUCCGUUAUAAGUUUAGGGAGAUCUAAAGAUGCAACAACUAGCAUGGUUUGCCUAUAUGACGAAGAUUGUGCCUUUUGGUUACUGGACAAUAAAAAUAAAGAUGUUUAUUUGAAAACCAAUAGAACAUGAGAGAAAUGGGCUACUUGUUUCAAUGGCAUAUGGAAGUCUUUAUAAAUUAAUUGCCUCCACAUUUAUAGGAACAGAUUUUGGUUAGGCUACUUUAAAGCAAGGUAAGAAGUGCCUCAUAAUAUGAAGUAAAACGUUCAGGUUUCACACAAUUAAGUAGAUGUUUUCAAAAUGAAUACUGCUUCCAGCUCACAUUGCAAAGUGUGACGCGCUGAAGCCUGCCUACCGUUGCCAAUGCACUUGACCAGUUGAGAAAUAAAAAUAGUAGGCUAGCUCUUUUUAAUUCUGGUCAUCAAAACUGUUUUUAACAUGCGAUUUCAUUUAGAGUUGUUGCGCAAUGAUUGUGCUUAUAAAAGUUUUUCACUCCAGCAGCAACGGGAGCUGUAGCAGCAGCUCUCACCCUGUUUGACAGAUUUGAAACUAGACUCUGUAUCUGUAAGCUGUGCCUGUACACGUGUGAUAGCCUAAAUAAGAAUCAUAAUGACCAACGAAAAUACACAAGUGCAAUUUAAUUCCCCAAAAAUAUGCAAAUGAACCCAUAGACCGAUAAGUAUUUCUGGUCAAAUGUAUUUACAUCGACCGGUAUUUUCAUCGAUGAAUAGGCAAAAAAACAUUAUUUAGCAAUGGGAUUAGUAAUUUUUUUUGCAGAAUUGCAGCAAUUUUUAUUUAUCGUCUUUCCAAAAAAAUAACUGCCAAAAAGCCGGCUAUUACCGGCUAACGGAAACCCUGAUGGGAAGCUGUAUUGAAAGGAAUUAUGUCAUUUUAAAUUGAUGGUUCAAUGUGUUAAGCGAAUCUGAUGCACAUCAUUGUCUGUUCUUUAGUUGUUAGACAUCUCAGAGCUCGAUAUGGUGGGAGCUGGUAGAGAGGCAAAGAGGAGGAGAAAGACUUUGGGUAAAUGCAUUUAUUUAUAGUUUUGAUCUAUCUCUAUCUAGCUAGCAGUCUUCACUAUUAUUCACCGUCCUUCAGACUCACUCAUUCUUGUUAAUCUCUUUCUCUCGUGGUACAGAAACAGAGGCUGGGGAGAAAGCUGCCAAAGAGGAGGCUGUGGUGGAGAAUGCUACACCAGACUAUGCUGCUGGACUGGUAUCUACCCAGGUAGAAAGACACACACUGUCACACAAUGUAAUGCAAUUUACAAAGCGGUAUUGCAUUGAAUUGUAACCCAUUCAACGGGUGUUUCAGAAACUGGGUGCGUUAAACAACGAGAGUGCCCUGCCGUCUACGAGUUACCUGCCUGCUACCCCCAGUAUGGUCCCCUCCUCCUCCUACAUUCCCAGUUCAGAGGCACAGCCAGGUGAGAGACGCAACUUCAAACACCUACAUACCUGUUACUCAAAUCUCAGGGUUACCCUCCAUUUGGUCCUAUAUGAAGUUGGUUUUGCAAUAUGGCACGGUAGUAUCACAGUGUACUCACUUACUUACUUACUUACUUACUAGUAAGCCUUGGACAAUUAAAGCCUUGUCCGAGCCAGAACGGCCUAUAUGGCAGUAGGCCAUCUCCUGUUUCUGUAGCGAUUGAUAGAGCGAUAGUCUCAGAUUGAUAGAGCGAUAGUCUCUUCAUUAUCCUCCUUUUCUUUCUCUAGCGAAUGCGGGCGGUUCAGGGCGUGACGCCCUGCAGUCGGGUCGACAGCCUGAGGAGUCGGCCACACCCAGUGCCGCCGCCACCACCACCCUCCCUGGCCAGUUCAAACAAAGGACGCCCAUGUACAACGCCAGCAACACGGCCGCCAGCCCCACCGCCCCCGCCUCCCCCAGCACGCCAGCCAGCACCCCCGCCAGCAGCAACGGCCCCUCGGCUGCCGCCACGCAGCCCGAGACCCCCGCCACACAGCCCCCCACUACCCCCCAGUCCACCACCCCGACUCCCACCCCCACGCCCCAGCCCAAAAAGAACCUCUCGCUCACUGUGAGUUGGAUAAAGGCAUCUUUGGGACUCUGUUCCAAUAUUCACGCCACUAUACUACUUAGAAUGAAGCAAUAUAUUGGGCAUGUAUUCUAAGAUGAACUUGUGUCAUGCUUACAUUGACUGUAGAGAUUGUAGUUCAGUAUUUGGAAUGGUGGUUUGGCAUGCAAAGGUUGUGAGAUAUGUAGUUGUUUUGUCUUAGUUGAAUGCACUGACUGUAAGUAACUCUGUAUUAGAGCAUCUGCUAAAUGUCUAAAAUGUAAAUGUAUGCAGUGUGGUGUAACCUCUGUGCCAUGUGUUGUGGUCCCACCAGAGAGACCAGAUGUAUGCUGCUCAGGAAAUGUUCAAGACCGCCAACAAGGUCACCAGACCAGAGAAAGCUCUCAUCCUGGGCUUCAUGGCCGGAUCCAGAGGUACUGGACUGCUUUCUGCAAAUACUCCCAUUUCCCUAGAUGAAGUCCACCUAGCAUAUGAGUUUUGUACUGUUGGAAUAGCACUGUUUUAGUAACAAGUAACAGCUUUUUGCAACAGAGAAUAAAUAUUCCCUCAAGUACAGUGGAGGCUGCUGAGAGGAGGAUGGCUCAUAGUAAUGGCUGGAACGGAGCAAAUGGAAUGGCAUCAAACACAUGGAAACCAUGUAUUUGAUACCAUUCCACUGAUUCCGCUCCAGCCAUUACCACCAGCCCGUCCUCCACAAUUAAGGCGCAACCGACCUGUGCUGGAGUAUGUCCACUUAGUGGCAUACUGUAUGAGUUUUCAACAUACUAGUAAUGAUUUAGGAAUGCGUGGGUGUGAAUAUGUGCAAGUGCUCUGGUGGAGUCUGAGAGGAACUGGCUACACACACCUUAAAACACUCUUACCCCCACUGCGAGUUCUCCUGCUACUACACACACAAACCACAUCUCUUAAAUGUUGUAUCCCCUCCUCCAGAGAACCCGUGUCCGGAGCAGGGAGACAUCAUCCAGAUCAAGCUAAGCGAGCACACAGAGAUCCUGCCCAAGGCGGACGGCACGGGCAGCACCACCAUGCUGGUGGACACAGUGUUUGAGAUGAACUACUCCACAGGACAGUGGACCCGCCUCAAGAAGUACAAACCCAUCACCAACACCUCCUGAGUUGGCUGCCUGCCGGGACUAAACACACACACACAUUUACAUACACACGCAAGCAUCAACACACGCAGGCCAAAUCCUCCUCGGGUGGCCAGGGACUUGUCAUACUCACACACUUGUGCAUACACACAUGGGCCAAAUCCAGCACGUGAGAGGGGCU